AUAGCUGUUGAUUUGUGCAAGAUGGCUUAUUCUGAUUUAGAGGAUUUUGGAAGCACUAAUCAGAGCUCCUUAUUAGAACAUAAAUAUUUAUCUGAAGAUGAUCCAUUGUUGAUCAGUUCUUUACAUAGUCUCGAUGAAGAUUUGCAUCUUUCAUCGUUUAGUGAUUCGGAGCAGUUGGAAGAGUCAUUGAACAUUGCUGAAUGUGCUACGAGUUCUAAUUGUAACAUCAUUCAGCAGAAAUGGAAAAGUAUAGCACCGUUAACUACUCGUAAAAAAGCUACGAUUGAAAAAUGUGAAUUUUGCGGAAUAAUUCUUAAAUACCCUUCAAAAAUUGAGGCGCAUCGGCGAACACAUACAGGAGAAAAGCCAUAUAAGUGUCAGAUUUGUGGUUUAAGAUUUACCCAACGUACACCUAUGAGGAUGCAUAUACGUCGCCAUAUAGGUCUCACACCAUAUCAAUGUACUUGGGGAUGUGGCAAACAUUUUGUUUCCAAUGCACUAAGAAAUGCACACGAACUUCAUGUGCAUUUGAGAACUAAAAGGCUUGGUCCACCUCAGCCACAUCUAAAACCAGCAAAGUACUUUUUAUCGCUGAAAGUAAAUGAAGAAACUCGUAAUGAAGAAGUUACCAGUGUUUCUGGCAGUCAAGAAUCUUCGUCGGAAACUUCUGAAAUAAGCAAUGAAAUGAGUGGUGGUUUGGAUACUAAAGAAUUUUCAUUUGAAGAAACAUCAGUAGAUGGCAUUGAGGACGGGGAAGUAGUAGAUGAAAUGGUUUCAUCGAAUGCACCAGUCAGAGGACGAAGAAUAAAAAUGCGUCGGAAGAAAGCAAUGGUUACUCAGUGCAAAGAGUGUGGCUUACUUCUGAAACAUCCGUCAAAAAUUCAAGUACAUAUGCGCACGCAUACUGGUGAACGCCCUUUCAAAUGUACUUUUUGUGCAAUGCGAUUUGCAACUGCAAAUCCCUUAAAAUUGCAUUUACGGCGUGUUCAUACAGGUGAGAAACCGUUUGAAUGUUCAUGGAAUUGUGGACGACGUUUCGUCUCAGUAUCUGUUCGUAAUGAACAUGAAAGAAUCGUACAUGUUGGUAUCAAAAGUUAUAUGCAUAUGAUAAAGAAACUGAAGUCAAAAAAGAUUGCUUUGCUGGUGACUUGGUACCGCUGUACGAUAAAUGAUUGUCAGCAGUUCUUCACUCGUCGUCGUUAUUUAUUAUUGCAUCAAGCAAGGAAACAUAAAGAUAUCACGGAAAAAGCUGAGAAUGCAAUCCAUUCCGUGCUUGAUAUGGUAAAACAAGAACAAGAAAUGAUAAAAAAUCCAGUGUUAUCGUACAAAAUAUCAAAUACUGAUCCUGCAGAAGAAACUUGGGCAGCUGAUGAUGGUAUCAGUCCUUCAAGAGGAGAAGUUGUUACUAAGGUUUUAAUUGACGAAAUGGAUGAAUCGUUACUACCAGAAAAUCAUUAUGUAUAUCCAGAUGAAGCCUCUUAUUUUGGUCAUUAUGAUGAAAUCAGUUUGGAACAUGAAGUAAAGCAGCAAGAGUUUCUGGAAAGUCAUUACUUUUCGAAUGCGGAUAAUUCAACCAUGUCUGUUAACUUUGACGUCGAGAAUUUCGGUAAUUUUGAUAUAGAUACUCGUUAUUCAAUGUGUGAAGAAAACACCGCACUCACGCUUAAUUAUGAUCAUAUUCAUGAAACAAAAAUAAUGGCGUCAAUGACAUAG